CCAGGGCUGAAGGCCUACACGGCCCAAGGCCCAAGCCAAAUUCGAGAAACAAAAACCCACUACUAAACCUCACAGACCGAGAUACACUGCGAGAGCGACAGAUUUGUAGAGAGAAAGCAUGAAAUUCACAGACUCACCGGUAAUUGAACUCCCAGUUCGCGAUGCUCUCCUCUCCAUCCAACAAGACAACGGUUCCAUGCACGUGGGAACCUCCGUGUGGCCCUGCUCUUUGGUCCUCGCCAAGUUCGUUGAGCGAUGGGCCCCACCCCGACCCACCACUCAACCAUCGGACAGCAACCCCUACUCCCGUCUCCUUGAUUUUCACAACACGCGCCGCCGCGCUGUCGAGCUCGGCGCCGGAUGCGGAGCCGCUGGCAUGGCAUUUUACCUCCUUGGACUCACCGACAUCAUCCUCACUGACAUUUCCCCGGUCAUGCCCGCACUCAAACGCAACCUGAAACGCAACAAACCUGUUCUGAACAAAGCCCUAAAGACCUCGGUCUUUUACUGGAACAACCAAGAUCAAAUUAAAGCCCUGAAUCCACCGUUUGAUGUGGUGAUCGCGGCUGAUGUGGUUUACAUAGAGGAGUCUGUGGGCCAGCUUGUGCGGGCCAUGGAGGCUCUCGUGGCUGACGACGGUGUGGUGUUGUUGGGGUAUCAGUUAAGGUCACCAGAGGCCCACAAGUUGUUCUGGGAAAUGUCUGAGAAAGUUUUUGAGAUUGAAAAGGUGCCUCAUGAAGAUUUGCAUCCUGAUUAUGGUUAUGAGGAGACUGAUGUUUAUAUCUUCAAGAAGAAGAAGAAGGAGAAUGUAGAGUAAAUUUUGGUAACUGUAUUUCAAUUUUCAUUUUACUGAGUAAUAUAGAAUAAAAUACAUAUCUUGGCAAUGUUAGAUGUGUCCGGCUGGAUUAUAUUGUAAACUAUGGAUUCAUUAUGGUUUACUUGUUAAAGUAUAUGUGUCACUGUUGUGUUGUGGUGAUUGAAGAGUUUUUUUUUUCUUUUUUU